GCGAGAGAAGCACCGCGGCCCUGUUUGUUGAGGGCAAUUCUGCGGGCUCCUCAGAGCCCUCCGCGUUCCCUCGUAAAUCCAGCCGGGAACGGCGAAAUGAAUCCGCCUAGAAAUGGUGGGAUGGAGCCUAAAUCCCCUGGGGAUGGAGCCUAAGUACCUCCUAUAGAGCCUAAAUCCCCUGGAAUUCAACCAAAACGGCCAAAUCCAGGCGCUUUCCAUGGAUAGGGGCGGUACUGGAAAGGGCGGGCGGUGACGUCACCUCGCCCAACCCCUUUUCCGGCCCCUCCUGAGGCGGCUCCGCCUUUUCCCGGUGCCGGCCCCGGGGCCUGUUCUGGGCCGGGACCGGAGCUGGUGCCGGGGCUCCUUCGCCAGCGGAGCGUCCCCAAGGUGUCCCCAGUGAGCAUGGAGCCCCAAGAGCUGUCCCCGGCCCUGCUGCAGCCACAGGUCACCGUGGUGGCCAUCCUGGGCGAGCUGCUGGACACCCUGCCCAGCCUGGACGAGAUGACUCUGCUCGUGUCCCCAUUGCACCUGUACUGGGACCUGAUGGACUUCACCAAUGAGCUCCGCGACAGCCUGUAUCGCAUUGAUGACACCUGGAGGCACUGUAAUUUCAUCUCUGAUGAUGAUGACCCCCCCACCUCCCUGAGCCAGGCCCUGGCCACCCACAAGAGCAGCCCAUGCACACGCUGGAUCUGUGUGCGAAUGAAGGCCUGGAAGUGGCCACGGUCAGUGGCUGCACUCAAGGACAGGUGGGCCGAGCUUGCCAGGAAGGCCACCAAGCUCCCCAAUGCCUGCAGGGAUUUGGCCACCAAGGCAGCCGACAGGGCGGCCACCGCCACUGCCCGGGCCAAGGAGCUGCAGGACAAGGCUGCCCGUUAUUGGACAGCUCAGGAAAACAUGGUGAAGUUUCGUCAGGCCCUGGGCGGGGAGGACGGGGCUGAGGUGGUGGUCAGGCAUGAAGCCCAGGUGAGGAGAGAUGCCAUGGUGGCUGCCAGCGAGGCAAGAAGGGCCACCAUGGUGAGACAGCGGCUGGAGGUGGCCCUGGGGCUGCUGGAGCGCUUGGUGGCCGCAUGUGACGAAGCCACCGCGUUCCCUCGGGAGCUGCAGCGCAGGGUUGGGGACAUUGGGUCCAUCCUGCGCUGGAUAAAUCAGGUGCCCUCCAGUAUCCGUGAGGACUUGGUGGUCAAGGUGGCUGUGGCUGAGUGGCUGUGGGAGGCCAACGCCCACCUGGCCAAGGAUCACCUGGUGGGGACACUUCAAGACAUCAUCAAGUUCUAUUUCCAUGAUGGUCCCACCAGCCUCAGUGCCCGUGAGGUGGCUGAGCGGUGCCAAAGAGCCAUCGAUGACAUCCCAAGGCUCCUUCGACCCCCGGAUUGUCCCCAGAGUAUACCCAAUGUGUCCCCAGUGACCAUGGAGCCCCAAGAGCUGUCCCUGGCUCUGCUGCAGCCACAGGUCACCGUGGUGGCCAUCCUGGGCGAGAUGCUGGCCACCCUGCACAGGCGGGAUGAGAUGACGCUGCUGCUCAUGUCCACAGUGAGCCUGUACCGGGACCUGGAGGACUUCACUAGGGAGUUCCGGGCCACUCUGUAUCCCAUUGAUGGCACCUGGUGGCGCCAGGAUGUCCCUGUGGAUGAGGAUGACCCUCCGGUCUCCCUCAGCCAGGCCCUGGCCGCCUACAAGAGCACCCAAUGGACCACCUCGUUCCGUGUGGAAAUGGAGGUCGGGAAGUGGCAGCGUUCAGUGGAUGUACUUGUGGGCAGGAGGGCCAAGCUGGCCUGGGCAGCCACCAAGCUCUGCAACACCUGCAGGGUGAUGGUCACUGAGGCAGGCUACAGAGCUGCUACUGCCACUGCCCAGGCCAGGGAGCUGCAGGCCACGGCUGCCCAUUAUGGGACAGCUCAGGAAAACAUGGUGGAACUGGGUCAGGCCCUGGGCAGGGAGGAGGGGAUGGAGGUGGUGGCCGGGCAUGGAGCCCAGGUGAAGAGAAAGGCCAGGGUGGCUGCCAGAGAGGCAACAAGGGCAACCAUGGUGAGACAGCGGGUGGAGGUGGCCCUGGGGCUGCUGGAGCGCUUGGUGGCCGCGUGUGACGAAGCCACCGCAUUCCCCCGGGAGCUGCAGCGCCUGCUCAGGGACACCAAGGCCACCCUGAAGGGGACAAAGAAGCAGUCCAUCAAUGUCCCCAAUGCCUUGGUGACCAAGGUGGCCAUGGCCGAGCUGCUGUGGAAGACCAACACCCGCCUGGCCAAGGAUCACCUGGGGAAGACACUUCCAGAUGUCAUUGAAUUCUUGUUCAAUGGUGGUCUUGACAGUCCCAGUGCCUGUGGGGUGGCUGAGCGGUGCCAAAGAGUCAUUGAGGACAUCCCAAGGCUCCUUCGACCCCCAGAGUGUCCCCAGGGUGUCCCCAAAGUGUCCCCAGUGAGCAUGGAGCUCCAAGAGCUGUCCCCAGCCCUGCUGCAGCCACAGGUCACCAUGGUGGCCAUCCUGGGCGAGCUGCUAGCCACCCUGCCCAGGCAGGAUGAGGAGAUGCUGCCCGUGUCCCCAUUGCACCUGUACUGGGACCUGGAGGAAUUCACCAAUGAGCUCCGGACCACCCUGUACUGUAUUGAUGACACCUGGAGGCACCAGAAUGUCACCGUGAAUGAUGAUGACCCUGUCAACUCCCUGAGCCAGGCCUUGGCUGCUUACAAGAGCACGCCAUGGAUCUCCCAGAACCCUGUGACAAUGGCAACCAGGAAGUGGCAGGGGUUGGUGGCUGCACUUGUGAACAGCUGGGCCGAGCUGGCCAGGAAAGCAGCCGAGCUCCGCAACACCUGGAGGGAGGUGGUCACCGAGGCGGCCACUGCCCGGGCCAGGGAGCUGCAGGAUGAGGCUGCCCGUUAUGGGACAGCUCAGGAAAACAUGGUGGAGCUGGAUCAGGCCCUGGGCAGGGAGGAGGGGGCCAAGGUGGUGGCUGGGCAUGAAGCCCAGGUGAGGAGAGAGGCCAGGGUGGCUGCCAGCGAGGCAACAAGGGCCACCAUGGAGAGACAGCAGCUGGAGGCGGCCCUGGGGCUGCUGGAGCGCUUGGUGGCCGCGUGUGACGAAGCCACUGCGUUCCCCCGGGAGCUGCAGCGCAGGGUUGGGGACAUUGAGGCUGCCCUGAAGGGGACAAAUGAGGUGUCCUGUGAUGUCCCCAAUGCCUUGAUUGCCAAGGUGGCCGUGGCCGAGUGGCUGUGGGAGGCCAGUGCCCGCCUGGCCAAGGAUCACCUGGGAGGGACACUUCAAGACAUGAUCGACUUCUAUUAUGGUUGUGCUCCUGACAGCCCCCGUUGCCGCAGGAUGGCGGAGUGGUGCCAAAGGGCCAUCGAGGACAUCCCAAGGCUCCUUCGACCCCCUGAGCGUCCCCAAGGUGUCUCUAAGGUGUCCCGAGUGAGCAUGGAGCCCCAAGAGCUGUCCCCAGCCCUGCUGCAGCCACAGGUCACCGUGGUGGCCAUCCUGGGCGAGCUGCUGGCCACCCUGCCCAGUCUGGACGCAAUGAUGAUGCUGCUCCUGUCUCCAAGCUGCCUGUACUGGGACCUGAUUGACUUCACCAGGGAGCUCCAGACCACCUUGUAUCGCUUUGAUGCCGCCUGGUGGUGCCGCAGUGUCACGUUCAAUGACGAUGACCCUCCCACCUCCCUGAGCCGGACCCUGGCUGCCUACAAGAGCACCAGAUGGACCACCUGUUUCCAUGUAAGACGGGCGACCAGCAAGUGGCAGUGGUCGGUGUCUAUGCUCAUGAACAGCUGGGCCCAGCUGGCCAGGGCAGCCACCGAGCUCCGCAACACCUGCAGGGAUUUGGCCACCAAGGCGGCCGACAGAGAGGCCACCGCCACCGCCACCGCCCGGGCCAGGGCCCUGCAGGAUGAGGCUGCCCGUUAUUGGACAGCUCAAGAAAACAUGGUGGGGCUGGGUCAGGCCCUGGGCAGGGAGGAGGGGAUGGAGGUGGUGGCCGGGCAUGAAUCCUGGGUGAGGAGAGAGGCCAUGCUGGCUGCCAGCGAGGCAACAAGGGCCACCAUGGUGAGACAGCGGGUGGAGGCGGCCCUGGGGCUGCUGGAGCGCUUGGUGGCCGCGUGUGACGAAGCCACCGCGUUCCCCCGGGAGCUGCAGUGCCUGCUCAGGGACACCAAGGCCACUCUGGAGGCGACAAAGAAGCAGUCCAUCAAUGUCCCCGAGGACUUGGUGGCCAAGGUGGCCGUGGCCGAGCGGCUGUGGGAGGCCAACGCCCGCCUGGGCAAGGAUCACCUGGUGGCAACACUUGACAACAUCACCAAGUUCUUGUUCCCUGGUGGUCUUGCCAGCCCCAGUGCCUGUGAAGUGGCCGAGUGGUGCCAAAGAGUCAUCGAGGACAUCCCAAGGCUCCUUCAACCCCUGGAGCGUCCCAAGAGCAUCCCCACGGUGUCCCCAGAGACUAUGGAGAUUGAAGAGCUCUCCCUUGCCUUGCUGCAGCCACAGGUCACCGUGGUGGCCACCCUGUGUGAGCUGCUGGCCAACCUGCCCAGGCAGGAUGAGGAGAUGCUGCUGCCCAUGUCUCCAGAGGGCCUGUGCUCGGACCUAAAAAAUUUCACCAGAGAGCUGCGGGAGAGCUUGUACUAUAUUGAUGACACCUGGUGGCGCCGCGAUGUCACCUGGGAUUAUGAUGACCCUCCCACUUCCGAUGAUGAUGAUGAUGAUGAUGACUCUUACACCUAUGAUGGUGAUGACCCCCCUACCUCCCUCAGCCAGGCCCUGGCUGCCUAUGAGAGCACCCCAUGGACGCGCUGCAAUCAUGUGACAAUGGAGGCCAGUAAAUGGCAGUUGUCAGUGUCUGUGCUUGUGGACAGCUGGGCCGAGCUGGUCAGGAAGGCCUCCAAGCUCCGCAAAGCCUGCAGGAAGAUGGCCACCGAGGCAGCCGACAGGGCAGCCACCGCCACCAGCCGGGCCAGGGAGCUGCAGGCCAUGGCUGCCCGUUAUUGGACAGCUCAGGAAAACAUGGUGGAGCUGGGUCAGGCCCUGGGCAGGGAGGAGGGGGCCAAGGUGGUGGCCGAGCAUGAAUCCUGGGUGAGGAGAGAGGCCAGGGUGGCUGCCAGCAAGGCAACAAGGGCCACCAUGGUGAGACAGCGGCUGGAGGCGGCCCUGGGGCUGCUGGAGCGCUUGGUGGCCACGUGUGACAAAGCCACCACGUUCCUCAGAGAGCUGCAGCGCAGGGUUGGGGACAUCAAGGCUGCCCUGAAGGGGAUAAGUGAAGCAUCCCCCAAUGUCCCCAAAGACUUGGUGGCCAAGGUGGCCGUGGCUGAGCGGCUGUGGGAGGCCAACGCGCGCCUGGCCAAGGAUCACCUGCUGGGGGCACUUGAUGACAUCACCGCCUUCGAUUGCCAUUUUCGUGAUCUCAGCUGCUUUGCCGAUGAGGUGGCCGAGCGGUGCCAAAGAGCCAUCAAGGACAUCCCAAGGCUCCUUCGAUACCUGGAUCAUCCCCAAGGUGUCCCCAAGGUGUCCCCAAUGACCAUGGAGCUCCAAGAGCUUUUCCCGGCCCUGAUGCAGCCACAGGUCACUGUCGUGGCCAUCCUGGGUGAGCUGCUGGCCAACCUGCCCAGGUGGGACCGGGAGGCGCCCAUGUCCCUACAGUGUCUGCGCUGGGACCUGGAGGAAUACUCCAGGGAUCUCCGGGCCACCCUGCACUGCACUGAUGACACCUGGUGGCACAACAUUGUCACCUCCGAUGAUGGACCUGUCACCUCCUUUAGCCAGGCCCUGGCCGCCUUCAGGAGCACCCCAUGGGCCCCUCAGAACCGUGUGACAAUGGCAGCCAGCAAGUGGCAGCAGUCGGUGGCUGUGCUUGUGGACAGCUGGGCCCAGCUGGCCAGGAAAGCCACCCAGCUCCGCAACACCUGGAGGGAGGUGGCCACCGAGGCGGCCGACAGGGUGGCCACUGCCACUGCCCAGGCCAGGGAGCUGCAGGACGAGGCUGCUCGUUAUGGGACAGCUCAGGAAAACAUGGUGGAGCUGGGUCAGGCCCUGGGCAGGGAGGAGGGGGCCGAGGUGGUGGCCAGGCGUGAAGCCCAGAUGAGGAGAAAGGCCAGGGUGGCUGCCAGCGAGGCAAGAAGGGCCACCAUGGUGAGACAGCGAGUGGAGGCGGCCCUGGGGCUGCUGGAGCGCUUGGUGGCCGCGUGUGACGAAGCCACUGCGUUCCCCCGGGAGCUGCAGUGCAGAGUUGGGGCCAUAGAGGCUGCCCUGAAGGGGACAAAUGUGGCGUCCCCCGAUGUCCCUGAGGACUUGGUGGUCAAGGUGGCUGUGGCCGAGUGGCUGUGGGAGGCCAGCGCCCGCCUGGUCAAGGGUCACCUGGAGGGGACACUUAACGACAUCAAUGCGUUCUAUUACGGUUAUGGUCAUAACAGCCUCCAUUACCGCGGGGUGGCUGAGCGGUGCCAAAGAGUCAUCAAGGACAUCCCAAGGCUCCUUCGACCCCUGGAGUGUCCCCAGAGCAUCCCAAGGGUGUCCCCAGUGGACAUGGAGCCCCAAGAGCUGUCCCCGGCCCUGCUGCAGCCACAGGUCACCGUGGUGGCCAUCGUGGGCGAGUUGCUGGCCACCCUGCCCAGUCUGGAUGAGGAGAUGCUGCUGGUGUCCCCAGGGUGCCUGUACUGGGAACUGGAGGAAUUCACCUCGAAUCUCUGGGUCACCCUAUACGGCACUGAUGCCACCUGGUGUUGCCGCAAUGUCACCUCCAAUGAUGAUUACCGUCUCACCUCCCUGAGCCAGGCCCUGGCUGCCUACAAGAGCACGCCAUGGACUACCUGGGAUGAUGUGACAAUGGUGGCCAGCAAGUGGCAGUGGUCGGUGUCUAUGCUCAUGAACAGCUGGGCCCAGCUGGCCAUGAAGGCCACCAAGCUGUGCAACACCUGGAAGGGGGUGGCCAAUGAUGCGGCUGACAGGGUGGCCUUCUACAAUGCCCGGGCCAGGGCCCUGCAGGACGAGGCUGCCCGUUAUGGGACAGCUCAGGAAAAUAUUGUAGAGCUGGGUCAGGCCCUGGGCAGGGAGGAGGGGGCUGAUGUGGUGGCCAGGCAUGAAGCUUGGGUGAGGAGGGAGGUCAAGGUGUCUGCCAGCGAGGCAACAAGGGCCACCAUGGAGAGACAGCAGGCAGGCGUGGCCCUGGGGCUGCUGGAGCGCUUGGCGGCCGUGUGUGACGAAGCCACUGCGUUCCCCCGGGAGCUGCAGCGCCUGCUCAGGGACAUUGAGGCCACCCUGAAGGAGACAAAUGAGGCGUCUCUUGAUGUCCCCGAGGACUUGGUGGCCAAGGUGGCCGACGCCGAGCGGCUGUGUGAGGCCAACGCCCACCUGGCAAAGGAUCACCUGGCAAAGACAGUUCGAGACAUCAUCAAGUUCUUGUUCCCUGGUGGUCCCGCCAGCCUCAGUGCCCGUGAGGUGGCUGAGCGCUGCCAAAGAGCCAUCGAGGACAUUCCAAGGCUCCUUCGACCCCUGGAGUAUCCCCAAAGUGUCCCCAAGGUGUUCCCAGUGACCAUGGAGCUCCAAGAGCUGUCCCCGGCCCUUCUGCAGCCACAGGUCACUGUCGUGGCCAUCCUGGGUGACCUGCUGGCCACCCUGCCCAGUGAGGACGAGAUUAAUCUGCUGUUCACGUGUCGAAGUGACUUUUACAGGGACCUGAGGGUCCUCACCUGGGAGCUCCGGGACACCCGGCACUGCACUGAAGACUGGAGGCACUGCACUGUCACCUGGGAUGAUGAUGACCCUGUCACCUCUCUUAGCCAGGCCCUGGCUGCCUGGGAGAGCACCCCAGGGAUGUCCCAGAAGCGUGUGACAAUGGCAGCCAGGAAUUGGCAGGGGUUGGUAAAUGCGCUUGUGAACAGCUGGGCCAGGCUGGCCAGGAUAGCCACCAAGCUCCCCAAUGCCUGCAGGGAUUUGGCCACCAAGGCGGCCAACAGGGCAGCCACUGCCACCAGCCAGGCCAGGGAGCUGCAGGACGAGGCUGCCCGUUAUGGGACAGCUCAGGAAAACAUGGUGGAGCUGGGUCAGGCCCUGGGCAGGGAGGAGGGGGCCGAGGUGGUGGCCAGGCAUGAAGCCCAGGUGAGGAGAGAGGCCAUGGUGGCUGCCAGCGAGGCAAGAAGGGCCACCAUGGUGAGACAGCGGCUGGAGGCGUCCCUGGGGCUGCUGGAGCGCUUGGUGGCCGCGUGUGACGAAGCCACCGCGUUCCCCCGGGAGCUGCAGCGCCUGCUGAAGGCCAUCAAGGCUGCCCUGAAGGGGACAAUUGAGGCGUCCCCCAAAGUCUCUGAGGACUUGGUGGCCAAGGUGGCCGUGGCCGAGCAGCUGUGGGAGGCCAACGCCCGCCUGGCCAAGGAUCACCUGGAGGGGACACUUCAAGGCAGCAUUAUUUUUCAUUUCAAUGGUGAUGGUCCCACCAGCCCCAGUGCCUGUGGGGUGGCCGGGCAGUGCCAAAGAGCCAUGGAGUACAUCGCAAGGCUCCUUCGACCCCCAGAGCAUCCCCAGAGUGUCCCCAAGGUGUCCCCAGUGAGCAUGGAGCUCCAAAAGCUGUCUCCAGCCCUGCUGCAGCCAGAGGUCACUGCCGUGGCCAUCCUGGGUGAGCUGCUGGCCAGCCUGCCCAGGCAGGAUGAGGAGAUGUAUCUGCACGUCCCAAAGUGCCUGUACUGGGAUUUGAAGAAUUUCACCAGCAACCUUCGCUUCACCCUGUACUGCACUGAUAACACCUGGUGGCGCCACAGUGUCACCUCUGGUGAUGAUGACCCUGUCACCUCCCUCAGCCGGGCCCUGGCUGCCUGUGAGAGCACCCGAGGGACUACCUGGGACAAUGUGACAAAGGCGGCCAGCGAGUGGCAGUGGUCGGUGUCUGUGCAUGUGUACAGAUGGGCUGAGCUGGCCAGGACAGCCACUGAGCUUCGCAACACCUGCAGGGAGGUGGUCACUGAGGCGGCUGACAGGGAGGCCUCUGCCACUGCCUGGGCAAGGGACUUGCAGGCCCUGGCUGCCCGUGAUGGGACAGCUCAGGAAAACAUGGUGGAGCUGGGUCAGGCCCUGGUCAGGGAGGAGGGGGCCGAGAUGGAGGACAGGUAUGAAACCCAGGUGAGGAGAGAUGCCAGGGUGGCUGCCAGAGAGGCAACAAGGGCCACCAUGGAGAGGCAGCAGGCAGAGGCGGCCCUGGGGCUGCUGGAGCGCUUGGUGGCCGCGUGUGAUGAAGCCACCGCAUUCCCCCAGGAGCUGCAGUGCCUGCUCUGGGACACCAAGGCCGCCCUGAAGGGGACAAGUGAAGCAUCCCCCAAUGUCCCCGAGGACUUGGUGGCCAAGGUGGCCGUGGCCGAGCAGCUGUGGGAGGCCAAGAGGCGCCUGGCCAAGGAUCACCUCCUGAGGGCAGUUCCAGGCACCAGCAAGUUCUAUUUCACUGGUGGUCCCGCCAGCCCCAGUGCCUGUGAGGUGGCUGAAUGGUGCCAAAGAGCCAUCGAGGACAUCCCAAGGCUCCUUCGACCCCCAGAGCAUCCCCAGAGCGUCCUCAAUGUGUCCCCAGUGAGCGUGGAGCUCCAAGAGCCGUCCCUUUCCCAGCUGCUGGAGGCUCUGGUCUCCGUGGUGGCCACUCUGGGCGAGGUGACAGCCACCGUGACCGGGCCAUACCGGGGCGUGCGGCGCUGUGUGCCCCCAAAGUUGCUGCACGCGGCCCUGAGGAUCUUCACCUGGAGCCUCCGUAAGGCCCUGGAACGCCCCGGUGUCAGCUCCCUGGAUGACCCUGGUGUCCCCUCCCUGGGCCAGACCCUGGCCACCCUCGGGGCCACCCCGGGGGCCACCUGGGCCGAUGUGAGAGCCACGGGCAGCGCCUGGCAGGAGUUGGUGGCUGCAUGUGAGGAGAGAUGGAAACAGCUGUUCGAGGAGAUCACCAAGCUCCGUGAUGCCUGCGAGGACGCAGCCCUCGCCUGGGCCAGGGACCAGCAGGACAAGGCCAUCCGCAGGGGCACAGCUGGGGACAACCUGGCAGCCACAGCCCAGCAGCUGAUGGUGGCCCUGGACAGGGAUGAGGAGGCCUCGGCAGGGGCCACGCACAGUGCCCAGGUGAUGGCAGCCACCAGUGAGGCCAUGGGAGAGGCUGUGGUGGCCCCCAGGCCAGUGAGGGCAGCCAUCAGGAGGAGACAUUGGGCAGAAAUGGCCCUGGAGCCACUGCAGCGCUUGGUGGAUGCAUGUGACAAAGGCAGUGAGUUUAUCAGUUACAUGGAGUGCCAGCUCAGGGACAUCGAGGCUGCCCUGGAGGGGACAAAGGAGGCAUCCCCCGAUGUCCCCGAGGACUUGGUGGCCAAAGUGGCCAAGGCUGAGCAGCUGUGGGAGGCCAGCACCCGCCUGUUCAGGCAUCACCUUCUGGGGACACUUGGGGACAUCCACGACCUCCUCUUGAGUCCCUAUGGUGGCUGUGGUGGCCCCAAUGGCCCUGGCAGCCGUGCGGUGGCUGACCGGUGCCAAAAAGCCAUCGAGGAAAUCCCAAGGCUGCUUCAGGAUAGUGACAUCACCGCUGCAACGUCAUCGCGGCAGUGACGUCACUGGGGACAUCGCUGUGGUCACCUGUGCCUUCCCUGUGCAGUAAUUGAGACAAGUCUGGGGAAGUUUUGGGGAAUUUUCAUUGAAAUUGCCCCAAAUCCUGAUGGGAAUUCCUGGGGUGACAUCACUGAGGACACUCAGGGACUGGGGACAUGGGUGAAAGUGUCCCCUCAAGAACUUCCAGCUUUCCGCUGUGCCUGCAGCAGAGCCAGGGUAUAAAUGACAAUUUAGUAAUUGGCUUCUGCAAUUCUGCAUUGGCUUCUGGAAUUCUGCAUUGGCUUCUGCACUUUUGUAUUGCCUUUUACACAUUUUUAUUGAUCACCAGAAAUUUGAUAUAGUAUUUGAUACUGAUAUUGAUUAUCGAUGAUUCCUUGUAGCUGCUGGUUGGUGCAAUAUUAUCUAUCAGUUCAUGUGUGCACCAUACAGCCUAUUAAUAAAUAAACAGAUAAAUAUCCUCUAUAUAAAUCAGCCUGGGCUGAUCUGAACUCUGUUUUAGACCAAUUACAUGGCCCCGUUGAGAGACGAGUGGUCAAUAAAUUCAUCCCAACAUUUCUUGAGGGGAGCACAGCCAGGGAGCUGCUUCAAGGCACUGUCACUGAGAUAUUUCCCCUUGAAAACCCUGGGUGGGAUGGAAAUACACCCGAGCAGAUGGCAAAAUUAAAAUUAUAUCAAAGCCUCAUGGAAAGUGGGAUAAAACUGGGGGUCUCUAAAGCUGUGAAUUGGAAAAGGCUUUAUCAAGUGAGGCAAAAUUAUGAUGAAUCACCCACUGAUUUUUUAAACAGGUGACUGCCAUCAAAUGUACUGAUCUAUAUAGUGAAUCAGCUGAUGGUAAAGCACAUCUGGUUUUGUUUUGUGUAGGUCAGGCUUCAAAUGAUAUAAGAAGAAAAGAUAAAGGGAGUUCAAGACACAGAUAAACUCCUGGAGGUUGCCUGGAAGGUGUUUUGAGACAGAGGCCCAACUGAAAGAGUUAAUCCCAGCCUAGCAAGAAGGCAACUCAGGAAAAGUGACCCAAGAAAGCUUCCCCUCUGGAGAAGGCCCAGAGAGCAUCCUGUAAGAAAUGGGGACAUUGGAAAAAGGACUGUCCAGUGCUGAAAGAAAAAUUAUCAGUCCCUUUCAUAGCAGCGGUCCCCAGUGGGGAAUAAUGAGCAUUGACUCCAUGAUUGCAGCAGGCUGAUCAAUCCCUUUGUUGUACCAUCCUUUACUACUAAGAAAAACCCAUGGCCCUUGCCUGACAGUCCCAACACACACGUGGAUCCAAUUGGUCAAUCAAGCCAAACAACCAUCACCAGUGGCCAGUUGUUCUGGUUUGAAAGCAAAAGCAGUGAGAGACUCCAAGUCAGAAAUACAAGUUUUUACACAAAGGAAAAAAAACCCAAAAUACAUGAACCACAAAAGAAAAAUAUACAUAAAUGUAUAAUGCACGUAAUAAUGUAUAUAAAAAAUAUAUAGAUGUAUAGAUAUAUAUAUAGAUAUAUAUAAAAUACAGAAUGAAACCUUACACACAGAUCUCAUUAAAAUUAGGUCUCUUUGGGGUACACAAGGGGUUUCCCCGUCCUUCUGCAUUACCCAUCCAGAGUAACCAGGUCCUGGAGCAAAAAUGUUGGUACCCUACGUUGGGCGCCAAAAUUAUGUUCUG